GUACUAUGUACGUGUCACAUGUGUGUGCAUAUAAAUGUAACAUUUCUUUUGUGCUGCUUUUUACUUCACUUUUGUUGACACUGACACAAAAGGCCUGGUGGGUUUUCACUCCGGCCAUCAUUUCGCCGGAUUGUCACCGGAAAAGAAGAAGAAGGGUGAUCUUUUAGCUGCUGGUUUUGGUGGUUUUUGGUUGGAGCGUCAUGAGGAGACGGAGUUUACAUCAAGCCACUCAUCCGUUUAAUAUAAAGCCUUUUGAGGCAUUUUGGUGUGACAAAUGGCAAAGCAUAGAGCGCUUAAGAAUCAAGGACGGGUCUAUAAGAAUGCAUGUUAUAGAUGAUGAAGCAAUGAUUGAGGUGCAGAUUCCCAUUUCAAGUAUGCGAAUUAAGCCAAGAAAAGCUACUGCAAUUGAUUGCACGUGUCUUCUACGACCUGGACUUGAUGUUUCUGUGCUCUCAACGCCUCAACAAACAGAAGAUACAGAAGAUGCAGAAGAUACAGAAAAUUCAAGUGCUGAAGAUCAAAUGCCUGUAUGGCUUGACGCAAAAAUAAGUUCUAUAGAGAGGAAACCUCAUGAAGAUGAUUGCGCUUGCACGUUUUAUGUGCAGUUCUAUGUCACACAAGGCCCUAUUGGUAUGAUAAAGAAAGCACUAUCUAAAGAUAUAACCAUGGUGCAGAUUGAAAAGAUUUCCAUUUUCCAGAAACUUGAAAAGAAUCCUUGUGAGGAUGAACUUUAUCGUUGGAAGUUCUCGGAGGACAGUACAUCACGUCACAUUUUUAAGUUGUUUACAGGAAAGUUUGCAUCUGAUUUGACAUGGCUACUUGUUACAUCUGUUGCCAAGCAACUUACAUUUGACGUAAGAUCGAUAGAAGGCCAAAUUGUCUAUCAGAUAUGGGAUGGAGAUACUUAUACAUAUUCUCAGAAUUCAGAGCAGUGCUCAAAGGCCGUGACUUUCAAGCUAGAGAAUGGAACUCUGUCCCCGGUCGUAGUUUCAUUUGCUCCAACUGAUGCCCAGAAUGUGACACCUGAUGACGAAUUGAAUGACUCUGGAUCAUUGUCAUUGUAUGAUGUUCUGGACUUGCGGCGCUCAAAGCGUCGUAAUGUGCAGCCCGAGCGUUACCUGGGCUGUGAUGAACUGCCAGAUCCGGAUAUUGAUAUUAGCCGUAUAGGUCUAAUCAGAGAGUCCAAAUUGGACUACGAAGAUAUUCCUAUGGCUCUAUCUGUCCAAGACGAUCAUGCACACAAAACACAGAAACAUAGAACAGAUGGACAUAAAACCGAUAGGCAGGAGGAGAUGGACAAGAUAAUCAGCUCGUACAGGAAAGAAGUUUUUGGUAGCUUACUUAAUAGCCAGAGGAAUAUCAAGCAAAUGGAUUUGAGUUCAGAUUCAUCUGAUGAAGAACAAGAGAUAAUUAUGAAUGAUCAAGGAGAACAUCCAUCUCAAAGUGCAAUUGUCCCCUUGUCUACUGAAAACAAUUCCGGUGCUGGUGAAGUGUACCCUCUUGCCGCUGAAGUUUCUGGAACUAGUGCAGCGGACAUCAGUAAAAUAGUUUCUAAGUAUUACAGUGAUAGAGCUGGUAAUGUAGAUGAGAAGAGAACAUCUAGGACUUACUACUCCAAAGUGGAACAACAAAAGAAGAAAAAACCUGCAGUCAACUAUUCUUUAGUGCACAGCGGAUGGGGGUGGAAAGCUGCAUAUAAGAGGUAUCCCAGAGCCAAGAGGUUGCGUUCUACUGUUACAGAUUGGCAGAACAUUUAUGAUCAUACAAGAUCAUCUUCUACAAGAAGAGCCUUUAGUGCAAGCGUUUACAGGGAAUUGAUAAGAAGAUGCAUGACAGACAUAGACUCUGUUGUCGGUCAAGAACAACCACCAAUCCUUGAUCAGUGGAAAGAGUUUCAAUCAAAUUCCUCGAACCAAAAUGAAGGGAAGGAGAAGAAGGACAUGGAUGAAAAUGAGGCAGGGAUACCAGAGGAGCCGGAAGAUAGCUGUGAAGAAGAGGUCUCUGAAAUUGAUAUAUUGUGGAAAGAAAUGGAUAUGGCCUUGGCUUCAGCUUAUCUUCUUGACGAAGAGGACACCAUGGACGAAGUCCCCAAUGAAACAAAAAAAUCAACUGGAAUUGGCCGGCAAGUUUGUCAGCAUGAUUACAGACUAAAUGAAGAGAUUGGAAUCGUAUGCCGCUCCUGUGGAUUUGUUUGCACCGAGAUUAGAUAUGUCUCAUUACCAUUUUUCCCAUCACAUAGCUGGACCACAAGCAAGCAUGUACGCAAAGAAGACAAAGAAAAUGUUUCAGAUAGUAAGCAGGAAGAGAAAAAGGAAUUUGAUAAUAUUUCUAUUCCUACUUACUCUGAUACAUUCUUAUCAGAAGAGAAAGACAGUGUUUGGGCCUUGAUACCAAACCUUAAAGAAAAGUUGCGCUUCCACCAAAAAAGAGCUUUUGAGUUUCUUUGGCGGAACCUUGCUGGUUCAAUGAUACCAGCAGAGAUGGAGUCAGCGCGUAAUAAUAGGGGUGGCUGUGUCAUUUCUCAUUCUCCUGGAGCCGGGAAAACAUUGCUGAUCAUUGCAUUUCUGGAGAGUUACUUGAAGUUAUUCCCGGGAGCAAGGCCUUUAGUCCUUGCUCCAAAGACAACCCUGUAUACUUGGUACAAAGAAAUAUUGAAGUGGAAGAUUCCUAUUCCUGUAUACCAAAUCCAUGGUGGUCAGACAUACAGAGGCGAAUUGUUAAGGCGGAAAGUGCAAGCACCUGCCGGGCUUCCUCGCAAUCAAGAUGUGUUACAUGUUUUGGAUUGCCUAGAAAAAAUACAGAGUUGGCUUGCUCAUCCAAGUGUCCUUCUCAUGGGUUAUACCUCAUUUCUAACUUUGACCCGAGAUGAUUCGAAUUAUACCCACAGACAAUAUAUGGCUCAAGUUUUACGCCGUUGUCCAGGUAUACUUAUCCUUGAUGAAGGGCACAACCCCAGAAGUACUAAAUCUCGAUUGCGGAAAGGUUUGAUGAAGGUGGAUACAGACCUGAGAGUUUUGCUCUCUGGUACGCUGUUUCAGAAUAACUUUGGAGAAUAUUUUAACACCCUUUGCUUAGCAAGGCCAAAUUUUGUCAAUGAGGUGCUAGAUGAACUUGAUCCAAAAUUUAGGAAGAAGAAGAAAGAAAUAUCAAACUUUUCCCGUGAAAAUCGUGCGAGGAAAGUCUUUAUUAAUGAGAUAUCGGGGAAGAUCAAUUCUGAUAUAAGUGAGGAAAGAGUUCAGGGUCUAAAUGUCUUGAAGAAUUUAACAAACGAAUUUAUAGAUGUUUAUGAAGGUGGAAGUUCCGAUAGCCUUCCUGGUUUACAAAUUUACACUUUGAUGAUGAAGUCGACAAAAAUUCAACAGGACAUUUUGGAAAAACUUCAGAAUCAAAGGCCUAUAUACAAAGGGUUUCCAUUAGAACUAGAGCUUCUAAUCACUCUUGGGUCGAUACAUCCCUGGUUAAUCCGAACUACACAAUGUGCGGGUAAUUACUUUAGUCUGGAGGAGUUGGCCGCUCUUGAAAAGCUGAAGUAUGACCUGAAAUUAGGUUCAAAAGUAAGAUUCGUUAUGAGUCUUAUUCCUCGGUGUCUUAUCAGGAAGGAGAAAGUACUGAUAUUUUGUCACAACAUUGCUCCAAUUAACCUAUUUCUUACAAUAUUUGAGAGGUUCUAUGGCUGGAGGAAGGGUGAAGAAGUUCUUGUAUUACAGGGGGAACUUGAACUCUUCGAAAGAGGAAGAGUGAUGGAGAAGUUUGAAGAGGCAGCAGGACCGUCAAGGGUAAUGCUCGCUUCCAUCUCGGCCUGUUGUGAAGGGAUCAGUCUGACUGCUGCAUCAAGAGUGAUCUUACUCGAUUCGGAGUGGAAUCCUUCCAAGAGUAAGCAAGCCAUUGCACGAGCUUUUCGUCCUGGACAGGAUAAGGUUGUUUAUGUGUAUCAACUACUAGCUACAGGGACCCUCGAAGAAGAGAAAUUCAAGAGAACAACAUGGAAGGAGUGGGUUUCAAGUAUGAUAUUCAGCGAGGAGUUUGUGGAGGAUCCUUCUCAGUGGCAAGCACUGAAGAUUGAAGAUGAACUCUUGGGAGAGAUGAUACAGGAAGAUCGAAAUUCAUUGUUCCAUCAGAUUAUGAAGAAUGAAAAGGCUUCAAACGGUUUGAUGAGAGUUAAAGAUUAACCUUCCAGCUUUCUCGGAUGUAAAACCUCUCGUACCCUACAACUCCUCUCUUUCAUGCAGCAAGCAUCCACUUCGUUUCGUUGCCAGCUAUUGUUAUCCAAGGCUAAGUUGGUCUAGAGCAAUGCUGUGUUCGACAAAACUGUAAGAAACAUAUGGAAUGCUGUUUAUGGUUUUUUAUAAUCACUGUUUAUCUGCAGUGAUACUAUCGACAUGUUUGUUUCGUAGAAUUAUUAAUGUGACUUAUUCUAGCUUGAUCUCUCUACCUGAGUUCAGAAAUUCAGGGACUCGAUAACAUUACUGCAGUCAUGCAGUUGUGUUUUAUGAAUCAAGCUAGUCGGUUAGAGACUUGCAUCUAAGAUUGUUAUUGGUUGUUUGCACCUA